AUGGCAGCUCUCACAUCUCUCACCCAGCUGUCGAGUGGGAACCCUUUAUAUGAUAACUAUUACAGACAGGUGGAUCCUGGGAAUACAGGGAGAGUUGGACCAACGGAAGCUGCCUUGUUCUUAAAGAAGUCUGGACUCCCUGACAUUACAUUGGGAAAGAUCUGGGAUUUGGCCGAUCCUGAUGGCAAAGGCUAUCUGGACAAACAGGGAUUUUACGUAGCUCUGCGUCUGGUGGCUUGUGCCCAGAGCGGUCAGGAAGUUAGUCUGUCCAGCCUCAACCUCACAAUCCCCCCCCCCAAGUUUAAGGACACCAGCAGUCCAUGUCUAAGCAGCACAGCAAGUGCCUCCAGUGAAUUAAACUGGGCUGUCAGGCACGAGGAGAAGAGUAAGUUUGAUGUGAUUUUUGAGAGUUUGGCUCCAGUCAAUGGCCUGCUGUCGGGAGAGAAGGUCAAACCAGUCCUCAUUAACUCCAAGCUACCUCUGGAUAUCCUUGGGAAGGUUUGGGACCUGAGUGACAUAGAUAAAGAUGGCCAUCUGGACAGAGACGAGUUUGCAGUGGCUAUGCACCUGGUGUACCGGGCCCUGGAGAAGGAGCCUGUUCCUGCACUCCUCCCCUCUGCCCUCAUCCCUCCGUCUAAGAGGAAGAAGAGUCUGGGCUCAGUGCCCGGACUCCCCACAAGCCCUCCACCAACAAAAGACUCGCUACGCUCCACACCCUCCCACGGCAGCAUGAACUCUCUCAACAGCACCGGCAGCCUGUCGCCCAAACACACACUCAAGUCAGGACAGCAUUCGUUGAACUGGGUGGUUCCAGUGUCAGACCGCGGUCACUAUGACGACAUCUUCCUGAAGACCGACGCUGAUCUUGACGGUUUUGUCAGUGGACUUGAAGUAAAGGAGAUCUUCAUGCAUUCUGGACUUUCUCAAAACGUCCUGGCCCACAUUUGGGCUCUUGCGGACACUAAGCAGAUAGGCAAGCUGACCAGGGAGCAGUUCGCCCUCGCCAUGUAUCUUAUCCAGCAGAAAGUGAGCAAGGGCAUCGACCCCCCACAGGCGCUGACCGCUGACAUGAUCCCACCCUCAGAGAGAGGCACUCCUAUACCUAGCUUAUCGGGAUACAUGACCCCAGUGGGAUCAGAGAUGGCGGCUCUGUCCGAGAUGAGACGGGCGCUAAUGUUGAAGUUGUGGGACAGUUCGAGCUCAGUGGGUUCAGGGGAGUUCUCUGGCAUCAAGGAGUUGGACGACAUUAGCCAGGAGAUAGCACAGUUGCAGAGCACUCUUGCCUUUACCCAGUGGAAUACUCUCAGGGAGAAGUACACCCUGGAGCAGGAUAUCAGGGAGACAGAGGAGGCCAUCAGACACAAGAGUGCAGAGGUGCAGGAGAUGCAGAAUGACCUGGACAGAGAGACAGCGAGCCUGCAAGAGCUAGAGGCUCAGAAACAAGAUGCCCAGGACCGACUGGAAGAGAUGGACCAGCAGAAACACAAACUAGAGGACAUGCUGAACGAAGUUGGGAUAAAGUGCCAGGAGGAGUCUCAGAUGAUCUCGUCCCUCCAGAGUCAGAUCCACUCACAGGAGUCUGAUCUGCUGAGCCAGGAGGAGGAGCUGAGCCGGGCGAAAGCCGACCUGGGCCGGCUGCAGCAAGAGGAGAACCAGCUGGAGCAGAGCCUGGCAGCUGGCAAGAUACAACUGGAGACCAUCAUCAAGUCUCUGAAGGCCACGCAGGAUGAGAUCAACCAGGCUCGGAGUAAGUUGUCCCAGAUUCAUGACAGCCAACAAGAAGUGUCCAAAAGCAUCGAGCAGUACAACAGCACCUUGAACGGAACCCACGGAGGUAGCAUGACCAACCUGGCCGACAUGAGUGACGGCUUCAGCGACAGAGACGGAGGAUUCCCGGCUACGGAGGAUCCAUUCAAAGUGAAGCCAUCUGUGUUCAACAGCCAGCCUCAGGAGCUCCACACUGACCCCUUCCACUCCGAAGACCCCUUCAAAACAGACCCCUUCAAAGGUGACCCUUUCCAAAAUGACCCUUUUCCAAAGCAGCCACCUACAUCUACAGAUCCUUUCGGAGGAGACCCGUUCAAAGAGACCGAUCCAUUCAAGGCUUCUUCCGAAGAUUUCUUCAAAAAGACCACUAAGUUGGAUCCCUUCUCCACACCAGACCCCUUCAGUAAAAGCGCCACGUUACCUUCCAAGCAGCAAGCCAGUCACUUCACAAGCAAUGAUCCAUUCUCUUCUAGCAACUCAAAGCCCAAAGGACCAGACAUGUUUGGCACGCUGGACCCGUUCGGAAGCAGUUCGUUCAGCAGCAACAGCUCCGCUGGAUUUGCAGACUUCAGCCUCAUGUCGAAGUCCCGAGACCCUUUUGAAGGCAGGGCCGGCUGGAUGCCAGACUACCAGAAGUCGGUGUUUGUGGACGACCCUUUCAGCAGGAAGAAUGACACGCCAGCUCUGCCACCGAAGAAAAGCGUUCCCCCAAGACCCAAACCACCAAGUGGUAAGAGCACACCAGUGAGCACUUCUGGCACAGCGGACCCUUCCAAACCAUGCGACCCCUUCCAGCCGUUCGGCGGCGACGCCAUUGACCCGUUUCAGAGUAAAAAGGGCCUGGGAGACCCGUUCAGUGGCAAAGACCCUUUCGCCCCGUCCUCUGCAUCAAGUAAAGACCCUAAAGAGCCCUCUUUGGGUUUUGCAGACUUCCGUUCUUUUGGAAACGAGGCUCAGCAGCUGGAGUGGGUGAAGCGAGAGAGCGAGCGAGCCGAACGCGAGAGGCUCAAGAGGCUCAGGCAGCAGGAGCAGGAAGACCUGGAGCUAGCCAUCGCCCUCAGCAAGGCCGAGAUGUCCAACGCAUGACCUGGAACCCCGACCACAUAUCCUUAAACACACACAAGCUAACAUGACUGACAUCUAAACAUGCAGACAGGAAGCAUCUCACUGGACUAACUCUACCAAGUGUUGAUACAAACUCUGGUCCACACACACAUACACAGGACCUGCACCGUCACUGUUUUACAUUCCUCCCACUUGCAACAACUCAAUGAAUAGAGCAGGCGGAUCUAGCCACUGACCCUCCAUUUAAAUAAAGCUACUCUCCUGCUGACAUGAAGAGACGGAGGAUUGAAGGAGGAAGAGGGGCCUGAUGGAAACAAACAGAUGCACUGUGUAAAUGCACUAAAGUGGCUGGACAGGGAUGAGAAGGCAGAACCCCUCGGUGGUUUGAAUUUCAACGUGUUGUUUUUCCUCCUUCAGCUUCUCUCACAAUGUGGGGAUAUGGAAAAUACCACUACAAUUUAGACUGCAGGGGUUUCCUUAGUUUAUUCCUGAUAUAUAGGAGCAAUGCGGUUUUAUCAUUGAGCUGCUGAUGGUAUGAACCGUGCCUGCAUUUAGUGUUGACGUGUGUUGCUGGCAUGGAAAAGCAAACAGAUAUGCGGUGAUACAUAAGUAUUUGUUUCUAAAGAGAAGACUGGAUUUUACCCUCCUCAAUCUAUUUUUUAACAUGUUUUUCCCUCAGGAAUGUCUGUCACUAAGCCAGACAGAGUUGAGAAGUGAAAAGCGCCGUGUUUUUUGUUCCCACUUCUGCUUGAGACUUAACGUUCCCCUCUGCUUUGUGCUAAGAUAGGCUUUGGAUUCUGAUCUCCUGUGAUGCUGGUUGAGUUGAAGCAUAUUUCUACAAAUAUCACUAUUUCUUUUAAUCUGAUACCAAUAUUACUAGAUUAGGGAUUUUCACCUUAAAUUCAGAUUUUGGAUUGAAUUAUCGACCAAUUCCCAGGUUCACUAUGUGGCACUUAGACUCUGGUCAAUAAUUCAAUCGCACAUUUGUACGGGAAUAUGCUAUGCAACAAUAUAAACUGAUAUGAUGAGGGCCUUGCAGCACUGCAUGCAUCAUUACCUAUGAAUGAGGUGAUGUGCUGUAGAGCAACAGAAGACAUUGAACAGCUUCUUUUUACAGGCUGAGAAUGACCAUCUCCCUUUAUGGCCUCUAUUUUUUGCUGUUAUUUCAUAGCAGAGAUAAUGAGAUUGGCUGUGAGCUAGUGAGUGUGUGUGCCCAUUCUAUGUUUGAUUGUUUGGCUAACAGAAGUACCAGUACACACAAAGCUGCAUCGCCACAGCUAACGGCUAACAAAACUACCCAGAAUUUGGAGUGCAUCGCCAGAGCCGCUGUCACGUCAUACAUUUAUAAUGGGCAUGACCCUCUCGUUGACAUGCAAAUUGAUAUAAAAUAUAGGCUUGAAGAAUAAUUCAAUUCAAUUCAAUAAAUGCUUCAGGUCGAAAAACAGGCCCUGAAAACCCCUAGUGGGUUAAUCUGGCCCUCUAUGUCCAGUGCAUGUGCUUUUUCUGUUUCAGGAGAGACUCCCUCCUCUGGCUCAGUGACUCAAUUCAUUCUUGUCACAUUAUGGGAGGAGAGAAAAAGCAACUACUCGCCAACUGUGCAUAUUAACUAUAUAUAUAUAUAUAUAUAUAUAUAUACACACCGAGAAAAAGAUAAAGAUCCAUUACACUGUUUCCCUAUAAUGUGACAAAGCCCUGACAAAUUAAGAUAACAGCUUCAAAUGUCAACAUAUUCGGUUGAGUGACAGAAACAAAUUGAACAGAUCUAUUUUCUUUUUCCGUAGUGUGACUACCGUGUGGAGUUUGUUGUGAUAUUGCAGUACUCCCCCUCUAUCAAAUGUAUAUAUUCUAUUAACAGAGCGAACUAUGCUGUACUUUCGAUCCCAAUGCUGUGAUGUCACACCAUAUUCAACACAUUCUAUGUUUGAAUCUUUGUAGAGAUUGAGAAUAUUUGACGCGGUUUUCACAAGCUGGUUUAUUAUUUCUACGUUUUUUAAUUUUUUUAAUGAACAUACAAAUUAAUAUUGUUAUUUUGUCACUCCAGUGCACCAGUGAGCAAAAGCUGCAGAGUGUUUGGAUCAGGGGUUAUUGGGAAAUAUUUGCUAUUUCUGAUAUGUGAUGUUCUAAUGUUUCAUUGUGGACUUAACAACUCUUUUCUCUGAAUUGUCCAUUUUAACUUGAAGCGGGCAGAAAUCGUCUUUAAAGUAGAACAAAUUCUGCUGAACUAAGUCACUGAAGACUUUAUGUCUCAUUCUGUUUCAGUUUCACAUAUUACAUAGUGUUUCAUAUUUAUACAUGUCCCUCUGUAAUCGCUGUGUGUCUAUGACCAAUCAUAUGCUUCAGUCAGUGUUUUGCCACAUGCGGAUUCUACUGAGGGCACUUACAUUUUCUUAAACAUUUUCUUUAAGGGAAGACAUACGAAGUUUAUCAUUAUCUCGUUUGUUUGUUUUUAAAUAACGAGAAAGAAGUUUUAGUUUAAGCAUAUUUUGUUGAGAUUGUUGGUGUCCGUUGUUAAGACUAGUUAUAACCAUGAGCAGUACUUUGGGUUGUGAAUCGUCGUAAUUCACUGCUGGAUGUCUUCUGAUGGAGCUUGAACAUUUAAAUUAAGAUGCCGUUUAUUACAUUAUUAUUAUUCAGAGGAAUGGAAGAAUCUAGAAGUGGACGCCUCUUAAGGACUUCUAAAGGUAUCAUCAUUUGGUCAAAUCUUAAAAGUGUGCUCAGUGUUGCCCUGGUGGACAAAUGUACUACUGUUUAUUCACUCGUCUUAUUUAAGUCUAGCUGCCAGCCACUAGUGGCAACACUGAGUACUGCAAGUGUACUGCAUUUAAGUAGAUUCCUGCCGUAUCCGCAGAAUGAUGAUUUUACAGUCUAAAUUGACUUCAAUGGACUUUGACUUCUUUCCAUUGCGGUUUUGUCUUAUUUUGCACCGGUCAAAUUAAUUAUAUUUUGGAUUAAAGGUGCAGUGUGUAGGAUCUAGCGCUGUGGUUGCCAACCAACUGAAACUUCUGCAUGCCAAGCAUGUAAAGCCAAAUCGUGACUUCUGGACUACUGUAGAAACAUCUCCAAGAAGUAGAUAAAAAACGGCUAAUUUUAAGCUAGCAGAUGGCGCUAAAUUCUACACACGGUUCCUUUUAAAUGUUGCUGAAAUGAUUGGCUGAUGGUAUGGGGAGUUCAUCAUUUCAAUAUUCCUCCCACCUAUAUGAAUGCCGAGUUGACUAGUUGAGUUCUGUCAGAUUCUCAUCCAGGACUGUGUUAAAAGUAAUAUGAUUGUCUUCAGGGCAAGGUCCUCUGUUUGAUGCUCACAAGCUGUAUUUUUAAUGGAUCUCAGACAAACAGUUGCAUCAAACACAUUGGAGACUUUAGUAUUUGUGUUGAAGGCUUUGCACUGACUGGUACACUGAACUUGUGUUAUUUCGUGUAACAUUUGCCUCUCCAGUCAUCACAUUGAACAAGAUGAUGGACGGUUAAUAGCAUGAUAAAGUAUCAAAUGUUGUAUACAUGUGUUAAAUUGCUCUCCUGGGGCUUAACAUGUGAAUUCACCCAAAUCGGACAGAAAUGCUAAAGUUAUUGUGCAGCCACUGAUUCUGCCAGAUAGUAAUUUUGUUUGGUUUUGUGUGUGUCUUGUUUACAUAUCAUAAAUGUUUCCUUUGCUGUAGCCGUUACAGUGUGUACCUGCCGGAGUGCCCCUGUUCUCUAAGCUGUCCACAACUAACACCUUCUGAAGAGACCCUUCUACCUCUGAGCCAUACACAUUCAUUGGUUUGACUGUGUUGCUGUCAUAUGUUACAAUUUCAGUAACAUUUUCACGAGUGUGCUUGUUUUCAUUCCUCAUUGGAACUAAAUGGUGCUGUUAGCUGACAACAAGCUAACAGGCUAGCUUGUUGUCAGCUAUACCCAUUUGUUUUGAUGAAGAAUGUCUUGCUAACAAGGUAUUUUAGUUCAUGUUACGUGUCGCUCACAGCUGGAUGAAUGGCGGAGCUGCAUUCUUUGAAAGCAAACCCCUUUUUGUGAACAGGAACAGAAAUCUAUCAUGUCGAAAAGAUCCGUGUCACAGGAUGCAAUGGUACCCACUGGUCUGGGAGGAGGUUUAUGGCAAUUAUGUCUCUACUAUGACAUUUUGUGUUUGUGGCUAUUUCUAUAUGCAUCAACGGGCCACGUUUGUGAUCAUUUAACAUGGUAUAAAUGGCAACAUCCAGGAAACAGGGCUUCAUAGAAAAUCUGUCAGUCAUCACGUGAAGGUGCCAAAUGCUGCCCACCUAUCAGAAGCAAAAAGAAAAUACUUGAUAAGAGAACAUUGAUUUAAGGUGGACAAUUACUGGCUUCUCUGAAGCAUUCAACCACAUCUCCCGUUUAAAAGCUCAGGAAUAUAUAUAUUUUUUCAUAAUAAAAAAAAAAAAGAUUUUGCCAAACUACUGUUUCCAAUGUUCAAGAAUGCUCGACACUCACUGGAUGUCAUUUGGACCAUUUGGAUUCUUGUGGUGAUAAGAUACCUGAGUCACCAAAACAAUGCUCUGAAAUGUUAAAUGUAUAUACAAAUGUAAAUGUAUCUAAAAUUGGGUAAAUACAAAUGCCUACUUAAAAAAAUACAAAUAAUCAAACGGUAAUAUGUAUUACAAUUUUGACCAGAUAUUUGAUGCCUACUCACGGUACUUUUUCUCCACACUUGCACAUUUAAGUUGGUCCCAAAAUGUAUUAAUACUUGAAGCCAAGCCUACCGUGAACUGUGACUCCAUCUGUUCUUCAUGUGUUUCUGUCCACCCUCCCUCUGACCUCAGCCUGUUUAUAGUGUACUACCUAGACCAGACCAGUACCAUCAUUUAUAAUGUCGGAUACCUCCAUUGUGCAAUAGAUGAUGUUUACUUUUUAUUGUUGUUUUGUGUAUCCUGUGAAACCGGUCUGAUGCACUUUUUUGGGGGGGAUACCUAGUGUAUGUUUUUAAUAUGUUUAUUUAUGCACCAGCCACCGCCCACUCCUCUGCACCCACUUUGGGGAGGAAGUUCCUGCUUUGAUUGCCAUCUACAAACCUUUCAGUUCAAAAGUUUUCAUCUAUUAUAGGGAAAGAAAAUGGUCUAGCAAUUAACUUUACUCAAUAUGUUUUAAUUAUCAGCAAUGUUGAGGAGGUAUUUAUAGGAUGAAGCUAAAGAAAUGUAAAAAUGUACAAUUUAAAUAUUCUUCAGUUUUAAUACUAAUUGUAUUUCUCUCUCUGAAUGUUGGAUAUUUUAUUUGGGUCAAAAACCCUUUGAAUCUGGUCAGACUGAUUUUGAGGGGACUCAUUUUCCAUUCAUUAUAUAUAUUUUUGUUCUGCCUUGAACUGCCCUUCCUCCCAUGUAGGCGAACUAUGUAUACGAUAUGUAUACAGUCUGUAUAGUAUCAAGUCUGUUAUAUUUGUCCUAUUACAAAAUUAAGAAGAAAGUCAACUUGAUGAGGAACCAUUGGGAGGAUUACUUACACUAAUGAGAGAAGACAACAGACGCUGGUUUGUAGUGAACGGUGGUCCAUAAUCUGUGCUGUUUACUAGAAUAAAACAUUUCAGUUAAAUGAGAAUUGACUGCUGCUUGAUUUGUUACAGGUGAAAAGUUGAAGACUGUUAGAAGUGCUCAACUUUAAACAGACGUUAAGGUUUUUGAGUCGAGUACUUUAACAUUAACAUUGCAAUUUUAUAUUUCAUGGGAUUCUCCGAAAGUAUAAUCCGUGUUAUUUUCUGACAUUUGACAAAGCUACUCCAAAGCAACCUCCAGGUCUGAACACUGAAGCCAUUGGGGAAAUGUAUUACACCUGCAUUAUUUCUAGUGGCCAGCAGGGGGCGACUCCUGGUUGCAAAAAGAAGUCAGAUGUAUGGAAGUCUGAGUCGAUUUAUUCCAACAGUAAACAUUUACAAACAAGAU